CGGCGUUGGGGGCGCGGAGCCGCCGGAGGGGGAGGGAGAAGGAGAAUCUGUGAGUAGCCGAGAGGUAGCGCGGCGGUCGCUGUGAGGAGUCCGGGCGCGGAGCCGCCGGCAGCCCGGCCCCGGGACUGGGCUGGGCGGGAGAGGCCGGAGCCGCGCCAGGAGCCCGAGGCCGGAGCCGAGGAGGAAUGUGACCAGGGGUCGGCGGGGGCGCGGGAGUACGCGAGAGCAGGGAUGGGGCAGCAGGUGGGCCGCGUCGGGGAGGCUCCGGGGCUCCAGCAGCCCCAGCCGCGCGGCAUUCGGGGCAGCAGUGCAGCCAGGCCCUCGGGCCGCAGGCGGGACCCGGCGGGGCGCACCACGGAGACCGGCUUCAAUAUCUUCACCCAGCAUGAUCACUUUGCCAGCUGUGUGGAGGAUGGAUUUGAGGGAGACAAGACUGGAGGCAGUAGUCCAGAAGCUUUGCACCGCCCCUAUGGUUGUGAUGUUGAAUCCCAGGCACUGAAUGAAGCCAUUAGGUGGAGCUCCAAAGAGAACUUGCUUGGAGCCACUGAGAGUGACCCUAAUCUCUUUGUUGCACUUUAUGAUUUUGUAGCAAGUGGUGAUAACACACUCAGCAUCACUAAAGGUGAAAAGCUACGAGUUCUUGGUUAUAACCAGAAUGGCGAGUGGAGUGAAGUUCGCUCUAAGAAUGGACAGGGUUGGGUGCCAAGCAACUAUAUCACCCCAGUGAAUAGCUUGGAAAAACAUUCCUGGUACCAUGGGCCUGUGUCACGCAGUGCAGCGGAGUAUCUACUCAGCAGUUUAAUCAAUGGCAGUUUCCUGGUGCGAGAAAGUGAGAGCAGCCCUGGGCAGCUGUCCAUCUCGCUCAGGUAUGAGGGACGUGUGUAUCACUACAGGAUCAAUACCACCACAGAUGGCAAGGUGUAUGUGACUGCUGAGAGCCGCUUUAGCACUUUGGCGGAGCUUGUUCACCAUCAUUCCACAGUGGCUGAUGGGCUAGUGACAACAUUACACUACCCAGCACCCAAGUGUAAUAAGCCAACAGUUUACGGGGUGUCCCCCAUCCAUGACAAAUGGGAAAUGGAACGAACAGAUAUUACCAUGAAGCACAAACUUGGGGGUGGUCAGUAUGGAGAGGUUUACGUUGGUGUCUGGAAGAAAUAUAGCCUUACAGUUGCUGUGAAAACAUUGAAGGAAGAUACCAUGGAGGUUGAAGAAUUCCUAAAAGAAGCUGCAGUGAUGAAGGAAAUCAAGCAUCCUAAUCUGGUGCAACUCUUAGGUGUGUGUACUUUGGAACCACCAUUUUAUAUUGUGACUGAAUACAUGCCAUAUGGAAAUCUGCUUGAUUAUCUCAGAGAAUGCAACCGAGAAGAGGUGACUGCAGUUGUACUACUUUACAUGGCCACUCAGAUCUCUUCUGCAAUGGAGUAUUUAGAGAAGAAGAAUUUCAUCCAUAGAGAUCUUGCAGCACGAAAUUGCCUAGUGGGAGAAAACCAUGUGGUAAAAGUGGCGGACUUUGGCUUAAGUAGGCUGAUGACUGGGGAUACCUAUACUGCUCAUGCUGGAGCCAAAUUUCCUAUUAAAUGGACAGCGCCAGAGAGUCUUGCCUACAAUACUUUCUCAAUUAAAUCAGAUGUCUGGGCGUUUGGGGUGCUGUUGUGGGAAAUCGCUACGUAUGGAAUGUCACCAUAUCCAGGUAUUGACCUGUCUCAGGUCUAUGAUCUGCUGGAGAAAGGAUAUCGAAUGGAACAACCUGAGGGAUGCCCUCCUAAAGUUUAUGAACUUAUGAGGGCAUGCUGGAAAUGGAGCCCUGCUGACAGGCCCUCUUUUGCUGAGACACAUCAAGCUUUUGAAACCAUGUUCCAUGACUCUAGCAUUUCUGAAGAGGUAGCCGAGGAACUUGGGAGAGCUGCUUCCUCUUCAUCUAUUGUUCCAUAUCUGCCCCGAUUACCUAUACUUCCUUCCAAGACUCGGACACUGAAAAAACAGGUGGAGAACAAGGAGAACAUUGAAGGAGCACAAGAUGCCACAGAAAAUCCUGCUUCCAGUUCAGCACCAGGGUUCAUUAGAAGUGUACAGGCCACCAGCGGGUCCCCAGCACUGCCACGAAAGCAGAGAGACAAGUCACCCAGCAGCCUCUUGGAAGAUGCCAAAGAGACGUGCUUCACCAGGGACAGAAAGGGAGGCUUCUUCAGUUCCUUCAUGAAAAAGAGAAGUGCUCCCACACCCCCCAAACGCAGCAGCUCCUUCCGAGAAAUGGAGAACCAGCCCCACAAGAAAUACGAACUCACUGGUAACUUCUCACCUGUUGCUUCUCUACAGCAUGCUGAUGGGUUCUCUUUCACUCCUGCCCAGCAAGAGACGAACCUGGUGCCACCCAAGUGCUAUGGGGGGAGCUUUGCACAGAGGAACCUCUGUAAUGACGACGGUGGUGGGGGUGGGGGCAGUGGCGCUGCUGGGGGCGGGUGGUCUGGCAUCACAGGCUUCUUUACACCUCGCUUAAUCAAAAAGACACUGGGCUUACGAGCAGGUAAACCUACAGCCAGUGAUGACACUUCCAAGCCUUUUCCAAGGUCCAACUCUACAUCUUCCAUGUCCUCAGGGCUUCCAGAGCAGGAUAGGAUGGCAAUGACCCUUCCCAGGAACUGCCAGAGGUCUAAACUCCAGCUGGAAAGGACAGUGUCCACCUCUUCUCAGCCAGAAGAGAAUGUGGACAGGGCCAAUGACACGCUUCCAAAAAAAUCAGAGGAAGGUGCUGCUGCAGCCAGGGAGAGACCAAAAGCCAAACUGUUGCCCAGAGGAGCCACAGCUCUUCCUCUGAGAGCCCCUUCUGGGGAUGCGGCCAUUACAGAGAAGGACUCUCCAGGGGUGGGGGUGGCUGGAGUGGCAGCUGCGCCCAAGGGCAAAGAGAGGAAUGGUGGGGCACGACUUGGGACGGCUGGAGUCCCAGAGGAUGGAGAGCAGCCAGGCUGGUCUUCCCCAGCCAAGGCUGCAGCUGUCCUUCCAACCACUCACAACCACAAAGUGCCAGUCCUCAUCUCGCCCACACUGAAACACACUCCAGCUGACGUGCAGCUCAUUGGCACAGACUCUCAGGGGAAUAAAUUCAAGCUCUUAUCCGAGCAUCAGGUCACAUCCUCUGGAGACAAGGACCGACCCCGACGGGUAAAACCAAAGUGUGCCCCACCCCCACCACCAGUGAUGAGACUACUGCAGCAUCCGUCCCUGUGCUCAGACCCUGCAGAGGAGCCGACUGCCCUGCCUGCAGGACAGGCCACGUCAGAAACACAGGAAGGAGGGAAAAAGGCAGCUCCAGGGGCAGUGCCCAUCAGCGGGAAAGCCGCGAGGCCAGUGAUGCCUCCACCCCAAGUGCCUCUGCCCACAUCUUCCAUCUCGCCAGCCAAGAUGGCCAAUGGCACAGCAGGUACUAAGGUGGCUCUGAGAAAAACCAAACAGGCAGCUGAGAAAAUCUCAGCAGACAAAAUCAGCAAAGAGGCCCUGCUGGAAUGUGCCGACCUACUGUCCAGUGCAAUCACGGAACCUGUGCCCAACAGCCAGCUGGUGGACACUGGACACCAGCUGCUCGACUUCUGCUCAGGCUACGUGGACUGCAUCCCUCAGACUCGCAACAAAUUUGCCUUCCGAGAGGCUGUGAGCAAACUGGAACUCAGCCUGCAGGAGCUGCAGGUGUCCUCAGCCGCUGCUGGAGCUGCUGGUGUGCCCGGGGCAAACCCUGUCCUUAAUAACUUAUUGUCGUGUGUACAGGAAAUCAGCGAUGUGGUGCAGAGGUAGCCACUGUUAGCCCAGUGGGAGUUUGCAUACACAUUUCUGGAGGGAGAGGGAAAGGGACAUGUUUUCCUGUGUUUUUGUUUUCAAAAAAUGAAAGACUGAUACUUGAGUGUGUUUAUGUGAAGUACCUCAGAUCCCUGAGCUCUCACGUUUACAGGUUCAUCUCAGAAAUAAAAAACGCAAACCACGUAAAUACAGGAGAGGUAAAUUAGGUGGGGGCAAGGCAGUGAUGCACGAGGUUGAAAACUGUACAGGAAGUCAGGGAACGUGCCGCCCAUCCCUGCCUGGAACCCCGCAAGGUGCGGACUGGGCCACUGGUAGGUACGAAGGGUGGCUGUGCUCCGAUUCACCUAACAAACUGGAUGGGACAAGAAAGGAAAGCUGGAAGGUACCAAGAGGUUUGUUCUAGGCUGUUGGAAGCAGCUGCUAGCUUUGCUUCCACAGGUCCUUGCUGCUGUAGUAAGAACUGCAGAUCAGAUCGCUUGAGUACAAAACUGGGAAAUGUGGCCCUGUCUGUCUGCUCCUGUCUUUGUUUGCCUUUGUUUGCAGGAAGUAGAGAAUGCUGGGAAGUUUAGCCUGGGAAGUUAAAACCUCCUCCUGAAAUUUUCCUUGAUUAUCAGAAACAUCCCCCAGUCUCAUAUAUUAUUUCUUAAUGGACCGGGACUGACCUUCUUGUUGGUGAACUAUAGGUGUAGGGGACCUCCUUGGUGGUUUUCCUCUGUCCCUUGCAGGGCAGACUGUCUUCCUUUACUUCUGGCAGCAUUCAGGGCAUUAACUAACAUUGAUUUGAAAGUAGUGGUCACUGCAGGUUCUCACAGGGGAAACCUUGUCUAACAUAGUGCCCCCGCAUAUUGACAGACUGGCCAAGGACUGCAAAUUUCUUCACCAGCUGAAAUACCAAGGAGAUGGUCCUUUCUUGAAGCCGUACAGCCAGGCCUGUGACUGAGAGGGAGAAGCUGGCUCCAUUGUAAUGUCUGUCUGUCUCUCUCUCUUUCUCUCUCUCUCUCUCUCUCUCUCUCGACUUGAAUGACCCCAUUAUUCUCACAUGCUUCUCUCCUCACACAUGUCUGCCCCCACCCCAUCAUUGUGCUUGUUUGUGUAGUUCAUGUUGGGAAUAUUCUUUAUUUAUUUUGUGGGUUCAUCUCUAUUUUAAGAGUACAUAAUUGAAGGAGCAGGUCCUUUUCAGGGAGUACCAGUUAGAGCCUGGAAACCUAAUGACUUAUCCUUAAAUAUAUUUUGUCCUUGAAAAAUAGGCCUUUCCCUUCCCUGCUCAGUUAUAAUUAUGAACACUAACUAGGAUGGCAUAGAACUGAAUCUAAUGGGUUAAAUAGUAUUAAUAUUCUUGAUAUCAGGUCUACUUCCAGUUACUGCUUCAUUUUUUAAAAAGCUUUAUGAACACCCCACAUGUACACUCCCCAAAGAGAACACAGUACAAAAUAUUUCUAUUUUCUUCUCCCAGAGUAAUAUUAGCAUAGGAAGAUAAGAAUUCUGCAUUGAGCAGUGAGUUCUCUUCCUGGCUCUGUCAUCGAUCCACUGUCAAGCCUCAGCCCCAUCUCUUAAUCUUUUAAAUGACGGUAAUAUUGCAUGUUCUCAAGGGUGUUUUACAAAUAAGUGUAUAGCUAACCCUUCGAUAGGCUCUCUGGAAAGCUCUUUAGUGCACUGUUAUGUUGAAUUGUUUUUCAUUUUUUUCUUUGCAGAAUAGCAGAUGCUAAUGAAAUUUAGAACUGCUGAGCUUAUGUUAAUUAGGCUAGAAUGUUAAGGGGGAAACUUGAUCGAAGUUUGGCAUCAUUCAUCAAGGAACAAAGUUUUCGUUAGGAAGAAAAGAAGCUGAUUCUAUCACUGCUGCUCCAAAGGAGGCUCAGGUUAAGAAAAGGAUUGGAAGGGAGGGGACGGUGCCAGGCAUCCUGGCAGGAGUUGAGUGGUCCCUGUCAGUACGUUACCAGUAACUGUUACAAAAGCAACUAGGGGUCCUCUUAGUAGUUGGAAGAGAACUUGGAUUUAAAGCCACCUUUUCUCCUUACUGCUCCCCCUUAUCAAAUACCAUAAACUUGAACUUAUUUUAGUAGUUAACCUCUUAAAAGUGGGGAACAGAAAGCUGAAAUUUAGAAUAUUGUUAUGCUGCUUAUUAAGUUUAUCCCUGCCAUUAUGGAAUGCAAGUUAAGGGAUUAUAAUUGUUUUCAGGGGAUUUUUUUUUUUUUUUUUUUUUUUUUUAAAACAAGGGCUCUAUUUUUUUCUUAAGAGUUCCGAAAAUAAGCCUUGGAGAAACACUACUGAGGUAUUUCAGCUCCCUGGUUUUCUCACUGAAAAAUGACAUUAGGGUGGUAUGUGGGGGCUGCGUCUUACUCAGGGCAGCACCUAGUUCUGUCUUGCUUACAGUGGGUGCUCAGUAAAUUCAUGAAUUGAACUGAUUUUUCUCAACACUGUCACAAGUAGCAUUAACUAUUGUAGCACUCCCCGUCCACAUGAUGCUUACUUGUGUGACUUCAGGGGAUGAGGGCUCAGGGUUCAGGUUAAAGAGGCACUGUCAACUUGCUAUAAAAGUACAAUUUAAGUUUUUUCUUUUUCUCCUUGUAAAAGACCAGUUUAAAAAAAAAAAAGAAAAAAAUUCAAAACUUUAUGAAUUAAAAGAUUUGAAUCCAAAGCAGAGACAACUGCUUCUAGAUACUAAAAGUGUAAUUUAAUUUAGUCUAAAAGCAGAUAGUAAGAGAAAAGACCCUUGUACAUUGUGUUGACAAGUUUCUAAAGUGGCCAUCUAUAUAUGCAUACCUUUGGGUCACCACAGCAUGUUUCCUUUUAUAUACAGGUAUAUGAUUUGAGUUUAAAUUUUCUACCUUAAAAUGCAGUGUUUUUCAUUGAAUACAUCAAUUGUGUUUUACAUAGAAUUUUCUCUUAAAAGAUUUUGUGUAAAGUUAACAUGUACAGAUUUUCUUACAGACUCCUUUCAUGAUUUUCAGAGAUUCAGCCUUAAAAAGUUUGACCCUGAUGGGUGCUGCAGUGCACACCUGUAAUCCAGCUACUUGAGAGGCCGAGACAUGAGGAUUAUAAGUUGAGGCCAGCCUCAGCAACUUAGUGAGGCCCUGAGCAUCUUGCACCCUGUCUCAAAAUCAAAAAUGAAAAGGGCUGGGGAUGUAGCUCAGUGGUAAAGUAUCCCUGGAUUAAAUCCCCAGGGCCAAAAGAAAAAAAGGCCUUUCCUAAAAGAUGUGUUUUAUACAUGUUCUUCCAGUGAAUUGAACGUGAUACCAAGCUGUGGGCUCUGUUAUGCGAGAGUGUUUUUCUAGAUGUCUUUGUACAGAGGUCAUUAAAGUCGACAUCCUUUUCCAGAUGCAUUUUAAGGUUUAAAUUAGAAAUUUUCUUACAAUUCAAUUGAAAGUUGGCUAGUAAAACAGCUCUUAGUUCAUGCAACAUGCUGCCUAUGCUAAGACACAGCCCAUAUUCAUUUAACUAAAGUUACAGAGCUUUUGAGUUUAAAAGAUACAGUAUAGAUAAUGGUUUAGAGUUUGUACUCUUAAACCAGUUGAGAAGACAAGUCGUUUAACUUUGCUGAUCCUCAGUUUCUUCCUUGUAAAACAGGGAUAAUAAUAGUAACUACCUCAGGGUUGUUGUAAGGAUUAAAAUGAGGUAAUGUUUAUAAGAGAGCUCAAAUGCCUAGCACACAGUGGCACUCCAUAACUGUUAACUGCUAUUAUUAUCAAUACCUAAUCCAGGAAUGUACAGCAGAAUCCCUUAGGGAUUUUUUUAAAAAGAAAAACCGAUGAAUUAGCCCCAUUCCAGAUCAGAAUUCCCCAUGGGGUGAAAUCUCAGCCAGUGUGUUUUCAAAGAACCUCGCCAGGUAUUUGAAAUCCCAGCACUGUCUGAAAACUGUCGAUAUCCUUUUCUUCAUAGGUCAGGAAAUUAGAGGGGAGGAUGGUUAGGUUACUUGAGCAUUAUCUCAACAGGCAAUGACAGGACCAAGGCUAAAUUCAGGUCUUCUGACUUAUGGUUGUGGGCUUUUCGACAUCCCUGCUGCCUUGUGAGACACUGCAAAAAAAGUGACUUGGAUAGACAAUCAGUGUGCGUGGUGCUGCACACUUCCCAAAGCACAGACUCCUAGCACACUCUGACCUUGAGGGGCUGGAAUGUUGAGAAAUGGCAACACUACCAGAACAGGCGUCAGUAGAACUCCAUAAUUGACAAGGUUAUUUGGGGUCAUUCUUUUGGACUGACCUCACCAACAGCAGUCUGCACUUUGUAGUAAAGGAAUAUCAAUUUAAAGGGUUUUUUAAAACUAGUCCUACAUUCCUUUUUCUUAAACAACUUUAUCGUUCAGUAUCAUUUUAAUGACUGAGAUAAUGUAUAUGAAAGCACUUUGAGAAAGUAUCAAAUGUAAUAUAACUAUAAAGUUGUAUUAUGAAUGUCUGUGUAGAAGAGAAAACAUUUCACUAGUGCUGAUUGACCUAAAGGCUUUUACCUAUGGGGGACCUGAAACUGCAGCUAUAUGAAGAAUCACCUCUGUAAUUUAUCACAUUUAUAAAUAUGAAACUGCUUCAUGAAUAUGUGCAGGUAUAGUACAUGUUUUGCUAAAGUUAUAGUUCAGAACUGAACAACUUCAGGAAAACUAGGGACCAACUCUUUGGUUUAAUUCUGAUCUUUAAAAAGUAAUGAAGUGUACUUGGCUUCAGAAUACAGAAGCUCUUCCAGGGACCUUGGCUCAAGAAGAAUGAGACCUCUUACUCUUGAACAUUUGUCCACAACCUGCCCUGCCAUAGGUAUCCUAGUGGUGGAACAGACUGGUUACCUGUUGGUGUUGACAGUAUCUUUUUAACCUGCGUCCUGUGUGGUUUUGUGGUGGAAGGAUGGAUGGGGCAGGAUGGCCGUAGAUCCAGGUGCAUUGUGUUAUUACUUUCCUACGAUUUCUUACUAGUUGUAAGUGGCAUUGACAUUUAUCAUCUGUCUUGGUUUUUAUCCCAAGAAGAGUAGGUGCACUUCAUUUACCUGUUAGAUUAUCAAAUACCACAGAGUAGAUUGCAGUGGUGGCUCCUUUGGUUUACAGCUGUGCUUCAUUCUGACUCCUCCGCCCCUUUCCAUUUUUGCUUGCAUUCACCUGUUCCACCUGGAUCUGGGAUUCAUCUUUGUGUCUCAAACAUCUUUUACGACCAGUCCUUUUUAAGUAGGUGGGUCCCUGGGUUUAAGUUUCCUUUCGUGUAUGGUAGACUCCCCAGUCCUUAUUUCUUAGCUUCUGUCAAGCCAGUAAGAGAAAACAUUUUUCAGCUUUGAAAAUGCCUGGUUCGGUUUGUGGGCCGGCAAGAGAACUAGAGAAAGGCAGCUCCAAGAGCACCUGUCCAUUCCACGUGUCAGCCUGGGAAAGCUGUUGGCAGCGCAGCCCCCACCCGAGAGGCCGGGUCUGGCUGGUUCUAAAACUUCUGCUCUCAACAGUCAGGAUAUCUACAUCUUUCGUAUAGAGUUCCAGCUUUCCAGCUUCCAGACUUUGCAAAGCUAGUUUUUUCAGGGUUGGGUGCCUGUCAGUAGUGCCUGGAGUAAUGGUUACUGUUACUGUCCUGUGACCACAACUUCACUGCCAUCCCUACUCUCCGGGUUUCAGGGCUGUGGACUGGCUGCCUGUGGCUGCAGAGGAUUUCCCAGCUGACAGCUCUAGCUUGCCUUUUGUGCAGUGUCUUGUCUGAACGGAUGGGCUUCUGCUCUGGGGCUGCUGCUUUCCAUGCCACCCACCCAAGGUGUGUGCUCUGUCCUGAGUGUAUGCAAGAUGGUGUUUCCUGCGUUUCUGACUCAUGAUCCUAAACCCAUAGGCCAGGAAAUUAGGAAGCUCUACCCUUGUAAUUGGGGUAAAAGAAGAUCCAGUGCUUCUCCCUGGGUAAGGAGGCCUCCAGCAGGUUAUCUUGAUUCUAAACUGACUUGGAGAGGCAGAGGUCGUCCAUGGAGAUCUGUGCCUUCAAAGAUGGGUUUAUGAUUCUUGCAGUAGAAGAGAUUUGUCUGCUGGGUUGUCAUGAUGAUUGAACUAGGUCUGGUAGAAAUGGCCUUCAGUGGGGCUCAAAGCCUCAGGCAGUGAGACUCCGUCACUGGAGGGCUUUUCCUCACAUCCAGCACUGAAUGGGCAGAUCUGCUGAGUGAGCUGAGGGAAGGGAGCGCUCCCUGGGCCCUGCCUUCCCUCCAGAUGCAAGCGCUUCUUUCCUCCUGUGUACAGCUACAGAUUUGAAAUCGUUGACCUCUCCUAGGAAAAAAACGUCUUUUCACCCCGUUACUAAACACACUGAACACAGUGGCAAAGCCCUAUGAACUGGGACAGUUGACGGAUGGCAUGGCGAGUAGACCUUCACACCUGCAGACCAGACAGGGGAAACACUGGGCAGUCGUGUCCUCAGACCAGACCACAUUCAGGGCAGAGUUGUGAUUCCGAACUGUUUGUUUCGGGAGAUUAUUUUCUAAUCCUCGUAAGAGCAGUUUCAGCAUCGUGUCUGUCACUCCAAGCUGCUGUGCUAUGCACACACAGCUUGAGGUCUCUGAACAUGCUCCUUAACCCUUUAGGACAUGGUAGAGGCAAGCUGUCAAAUGCUAGCAAGCUCUAUAAAAGGAAAUGUGGGAGUUUCCCUACACUGGUUGGAACUGAAGCCUCAGAAUCAGAGGUUUAAAUCAUGUUUAGGUGCCAUAAAAUUUGGUUGGAGAAGGAGACUUGUGCUUGAUCAUUUUUUUCCACAUAUGGGUACCUAAUUUUAAGCAAUUAUUAUACAGUAAAAAUAGAUAAGCCAAAUAAAGUUAUUCUUGAUUAGAAAUUAAUCUGAGGACGCUGCAGUGCUUUAGGGUCAUUGGUAAUAAAUUCCAGGUACUGCUCUGUCCUUUAUAAGCACCACACCACGUGUCACUGAGUGGCGACGAUGCCGAGAGAGCGCUGCCCCAUAGAUGGGGGCUACGUAAACCAGCUCGCUUCCUUUCUGACAGCCAGUCUUCACUGUGGCCGCUCGGACUCCAUUAUGAGAAUUUUCUGAGAUCUCGAGGCUGUCUGUCUUUCAGGGAGAUUAAUGUUCAGAAGUAGAACAGUGGGGUACUUACCAUUUUGUUCUCUAGGGCCUGCUCUUGAAAGCCCUCCCCUCUCAGAUCUGUGCGGUGGGUACACGUUUGUGUCUGUAAGUGCACAUGCCCCGUUGCGCCCACUCACUGAGAAGCGGGGUGUGCAUGAAAGGGGAGUGAAUCUCCUUGCUUUGUGGUGCACAGAGGCCCUGGCCUGGAUAGGGCCACAGACAGGCUAGCCGAGCUGCUGGUGCAGACGCAGGCCCGUCCCUUACAGACCCUGCACUUGUCCUUCUUUGCAUUCUGAUUCUGUAAUGACUAUCAGCAGAGAACCCCCAGUUUUGUGCUUGCUUGGUAAAAUAAGUUUGAGCAUUUCGUGGUGGUUGACAGAACUUUGAAACAUGCUAAUUCGGAUUUUAAAAGUGUUCAAUGUUUAUACCAAAGGUUAUGGUCUGCAGGGGUGUGGUGCACAGAGGGGGAGGUCUGGAGCCUCCGCGCUGUGUGUGUUGCUGCGGGGACACAGUGCACAGUGAGACAAGGUGGGAUUUAACUGAAAACAUGUCAAUCAUGGGUCACACUACCAGUGUUGUCAGGUAUUUGUUUUUUAUUGUUAUUGUAAUAUAUUUUCAGUUGUUUUGUUUUUCUAAUUUAAUUCUCUCACUCUGUUGUCUGACUGUGAACUGCUAACAGUGUUAAACUUGAUGUAAAUAAAUGAUGCCCUUGAAAGGGA